GUCAACCUCUCGUCGUGCGUCCCAGAACUGCCUGUUCCACUUCCCGAAGAGUGGCGAGAACCGGGCCCGAGCGGAUCCUCCCAGCACGCGACACCCAACAACAUGGAGCGGUUCUGGCCCUUCAAGCGCCGCCACAGGGACACGCCAUGCUGCUCCUACAUCGCCAUACAAUUCACCCUGUUCUUCUUCAACUUCGUCUUCUGGACGGGCGGGAUGAUAUCGUACGUGGUGGUGUGGGCGCUGAAUGUACACGAGAAGAUGAAGAUGGUGACCAGCAUCAACCUGGACUGGCUCUACCUGCCGCUCUACGUCACCAACAUCGUCAUCGGCGUCAUCAUGUACUUCGGCUGCUGCGCCGCGUUUCUGGAGCAGCGCAAAUCUCUUCUUGUGUACGCCAUGUGCCUUGUAGUUUUGAUUCUUGCCGAGGUUUCAUCGAGCACGUGGGCCCUGAUCUACACAAGAACCACGUUCAACAGUUUUGCCGACAACUCCUUCAACACAACGAUUGAAACGCACGGCACAUUGGAGCAGUGGCCGGUGAAAGAAUACCUCGAGGAUUUCCAGAAAGAGUACCAGUGCUGUGGUUUACGCAGCCGGACAGACUGGAGAGAGCCGUACAAACACCCCACCUGUAAGUGCCGUAAAGACUUCAAGUCAGAUGCCGACAUUCAGCCGUGUAUUCAGCCUUGCGGACCCUACAUCAAGGAAUAUCUAGCAAACACCUUCGUCUUACUUGGAAUCGCAGGACUUGUGUUUGGUCACUUGCAGUUGCUUGGAAUCAUUUUGGCCUGCCUGUUAUACCGACACCCAACCACGCGGGUACGGACCAAAAGAAGACGACAGUCCCGUGCCGGGUCGUCCGGGAACACCAGCUCCGGCCUCUACAGUAACAGCACCGUGGGCGGGGGCGACGAGGAGUCCGCCGUGCUACCUGUCUCUAACGGUAACGGCAAAGAAAGGGCGACGAAAAAGAACCGUUACUUUGGAGAUCUGACGUCACUGCCAAAAAGACUUCAACAUAACAAAGUCUAGGAAAGAGAGUUCUUUUAUAGAAAUUCACAAAUCAUACUAGCAUAGUUUUUAUUUUAGAGAGAAAUUGUAUUUCAUAUUCUGUUAUUCUUUAAUCAUUAUUUUUGUAACGAUAUUUCUAACGCUCUCCAUCAAAUACAUGACUUGUGGUUAGCUGAUGCAGUUGUAUAAGUACGAUUUUGUUGCACCAGUAUAGAUUUGUCUUAUUACAUCGUCCGGAUAUGCAAGUAUGUGGAAAGAGAAGGCCGCAAAGAUUCAAAAAAAUAUUUCUACUGUUUAAUGUAAAUAUGUAAUACAUUUUCUAUGUGAAUUGUGUUUGUAGCGUAAACAUCAGACUGUUGAAAUCAAUGUUCGAUAGUUUAAGCAAAAAUGCAUCAACUGCUGACGACAUAGUUUAUGAUACACAGAUACAGAUCUAUUGUGUACAAAUGUAUGUAAACUACAAAGUCUGAUCUGUGGACCCGUCAACGCGACCCUUGUGCCUUUCAGGGGACCUUCCAAAAACACAAUAUUGUAGCUCGAAGCUUAUCCUGAGUUAAGGAACAAAUGAAAUACCUAUCCCAUCUAGAUCUAGUAGCUGGUCACACCAGAUGGUACCCGAGCUAAAUCAUCAUGUAUGUAGUUUGCCUGUAUACAAAUGUAUAUAUGUAUAAACGUAUUUUUCCCCUCUCUUGAAGGUCAAAUGCAUUCCUGAAAUAAACGAAAAGAAGGAGAAACAAG